ACUUAAGGGGCGUGCUUAUUUCAUUGUGCGUGCUUAACGCGCGCUUUUUACGCAUAGGCAAGCGCACAGUAGCUUUUGUGGCUGAAGAAGACUCAAGCUAGAUUAGCCCCGAGGUUGGCCUCACAGAUUAUAAAUUCACCACUGUUACCCGUGACGGCUUGAUGCUGUAAAGCGACCAUCAGAACCAAAAGCUCUUCUACUGCAUACUCAAGGAAGUGUUUUUGUCCAGCUACAGCAAGUGUUAGCAGCUCAGUUUGCCAUGGGCAAAAAGUCUCGCGAAGAAGACUCCUCAUCCUCCGAAGAGGAAGAAUAUGUGGUGGAGAAAGUGCUGGACAGGAGGGUGGUGAAAGGCAGGGUCGAGUUCUUUCUGAAGUGGAAGGGAUACUCAGAUAAGCACAACACGUGGGAGCCAGAGAAGAAUCUUGACUGCCCCGAGCUCAUCGCAGAGUUCAUGAAGACCUACAAGAAAGGCAGCAGUGGGAGCUCCACAUCGAGCAGCGGGGGUGGCAAAACAAGCACAGGCUCCCUAGGACGGUCCAAAGACACCAGUAGCUCAAAGAAGAAGAACUCCGAUGAUGAUGAGGAGGGGGGUAGUCCCAAGCCCAAGAAGAAAAAAGUUGAUGAAGUCCUAGUUGCACGUGGCUUUGAACGAGGACUGGAACCAGAGAAGAUCAUCGGCGCCACAGACUCAUGCGGAGACCUAAUGUUCCUUAUGAAGUGGAAGGACUCUGAUGAGGCAGACCUCGUGCUCGCCAAGGAGGCCAAUCAUAAGUGCCCACAGAUCGUCAUAGCCUUCUAUGAGGAACGUCUCACCUGGCACGAAGACAGUGACAAGAAGGAGAAGGAUGCUGUGAGUGUGUGAGUGCACCACUUCAGGAGGAAAGCGGACCUCCCCCACUGCAGGGACAACCUUGAGACAGACAUUUUUCACAUCCAGACCUCCCAUCCUUUCUCUUUACCAUGUUCAGCAACACACACAAAAAACAAAGGACACAGCCCAUUUCAUGAUAUCUCCAUCCAUGCCCCUUGCAAGCAUCGGAGAACAAGAGCCCAGCCUGCUGCGAAGGAUCAAAUAUGAUUGGGGGAGAAGCUGUGGUGGACAUGGGUGAUAUGCUACUGGGGAGGGUUUGUGCUGUUCUUGUUUUAUAUUCUUUGUCUUAAUGUCUUAGUUACCAUAUGCUCUUUUAGUGCUCAUGGGAUAUGAUUAUGUCAGGAUGGGCUUUUGUUCAGCUAGGUGGGUGGUGGCAUGUGAAAUUUGAACCCCAGGCCUCACUGAGCACAAGAACGGGUACUUGCUGUUUUUAACCGUGAGCUUGUCCCAAGGCAGGCUCAUACUCCCCACCCCAUGUUUUUAUUCAUUAUGAGCUUUGUACCUCUCUGUGUUAAGAACCCACUAGUGAGGUCAAGACUAUAGUACCUACUAUAAAACAAAGACAGGGUGCAUCUUGGGGGAGGUACAGGCCUCAAUCACUGAUCAGUAUGUCGAACAGUUUCCUGACUGCGUAAUCAUUUCCUUUUUUAAAAAAUUUUUAUCCCUCACAGUUUUGUACUUGUCAGUUUGUCCUGUCUUCUUGGAUAUAACUAUUUGCAAAGGACUCUUGCCAAUUAUUUCUUGAUGUGUAGAAAGGCUUUUCUUGUUCACUUAAAAAUUAGUCUUGUUUUUAUCCCCUCAUUUUCCACUUUGUGCUUGUGUGGCUCUUUUCAAGCCAUUGUUUUGCCCAAAUUUUAACAUGUUAAAGGUUCUGUAGUUUUUUUUAUUAUUUUGUUUUGUUUUUGUUUGUUUUGUUUUUCAUUUGUUUUGUUUUUCAUCAAGCUAUUGCCAGACCAGUAAAGGACUUAAUAAACAAACUUUUGCCCAGUUGUGCAUGCAAGUUUUGUUUCUAGUUUUGUACUUUUUUUUUUCUUUUUUUUAAAGCUGCAAUAAUAUUACCAUCGGACCAGUCUCCUUAAUGCUCACAGGUUAGACAAUCGUAGUGUUACUGUAUUUACAGGGGCAAAUAAAACCAGCAUUCAUCACCAGUCAAUUGAGUCUGCCACCUUGUGGCUCAAAUAUGUACAACUUUGUAGUGUUUUCUUUUGCUUUUUUUUUUUUCCUUCUCUCUGAGCGCUCCAGCCUGAUGUGACCAAUGAUCUAUAUAACGACGGCCCUUUAGCUAUCACAGUGUUAUUGAUCUCUUUAGUAAGGCACACAUUGAUAGGCUUUUACAGUUGUUAGAGGUGAAAUCCAUGCAACCAUUGGAGUAUUUAUCAUAAUUGACUGUAGUGUUAAGUUGAGGCAUUUAAAGGAGCUGCCAUCAGUAUCUGGUCCAGUCAUUUAUGUCUUGGCUUUAUUGUGACAACUGAUUUUUAAUAUUGUGGGGGAAAUUUGCUAUGAAAUUUUUCUCAUUCUGUGUUGCCACCUGGCAGCAGGCAGACAUUUAUAUUUGAUAUACAAGAUGGGAUCCGGUGUUUUAGUUUCCUCUGUUGUGCUCCAACCUUAACACUUAGGACCAAUUUUAAGAGUAGAGUAAGGCCUGAUAUGAGUGUUUUUUGUUUUAUUUGUCAAUGUGCAUGAAAGCUGUGACGUAUUCUCCCCUUUCAUGCAGUUCACUUCAAACAGGGACUGGGCCACAAGUUAGCGUAGCUAUCGAGGCAGUGUAGUGACUCAAACACUGUAAAUAGUUAUCACGUCUCUUGAGGUCAAAGGUUGUACAUUUUGUGUAAUUUCCUUUCUAGAGAAAAUAUUUUUGUUUUACUCAGUUCACCCUAGAGCUUCAUCCCUCAUUUUAUGCCGGUGCUUUCAUCUGUGAACAGAAUUAAAAAAAAAAAAAAGUCAAAGUCAAUCUUUCUCAUUCCUUGCGUGAAUUUAAAUAUUUUGCUCAAAAU